CGAAGCUCUGACCACGUGUCUUCCUCUUCACUCUCAGCCAUUUUAGUAAAAAUUUUCUAACUGGUUCACCGCUGUUCUUUUGAGAUUAAGUCGGCCAGAGUUUAAAAUGUCUUUCAAGGAUAAAGGAGGUCCCGAGGAGGAAGCCCAGAUUCAUAGAAUCCGAAUUACAUUGACAAGCAGAAAUGUUAAAAGUCUAGAGAAGGUCUGCAGCGAUCUGAUCAAGGGUGCCAAGGAGAAGAAGCUCCAAGUGAAAGGUCCCGUACGUUUACCAACAAAACGUCUCCGAAUCACAACAAGAAAAACACCCUGUGGUGAAGGCUCUAAGACUUGGGAUAGAUUUGAAAUGAGGAUUCAUAAGCGAUUGAUUGAUUUGCACAGUCCUUCUGAGAUUGUGAAACAAAUUACAUCAAUCAGUAUUGAGCCUGGUGUGGAAGUCGAGGUGACUAUUGCUGAUGCGUAGGUCCAUGUGGAUUCAACACCAAUGGAAUGGUUAAAAUUCACAAAUAAAAGUUGAUUAAAAAUUA